AUGUCUCCGGGCACGGCAGAACCGUGGCAGCAUGAGGACGUCAAUGAAUUGAGGCAGACACUGCAAGGCCGUGGCCACUUUUCAAUGCUUGGAUUUGUACGCCGGAAGCCUGCUCGCGCCGACGCAGAACCGAGUAACUCGAAAUCAUGCACCGAUAAAUUAGCUAUCAAGCAGUUUCUGAGUGUUAUUGCCUUUCCAAAUGACUUGUUUAUUGAGAAGACUGAUAAUGCUUACCUUCGAACAUUGAUCGUCUACGCAGACCAAUAUAACGAGACUGGAUAUUGUCGAGCGUUCGGACCAGAAGGAAGACUUUCUAGAAUCUCCCUGCGCGGGAAAUUUUUCGACGUGUCUAAACUUCCCCCAGGUUUUCCACGCUUUGCCUUCGACAGAGCAGUGCUGACCUGCGCAUCACCAGGCCAGCAGAAGCCUAAAGUGUCAAACGCGACUGCCUUAUGGGUACUAGACCCCGGAGAAGGAGCCGGUGGGAUAUUGGAGGUUCUGAUAAAUGGGGUCAAACAGGGCUACAAACAGUGGGAAAUUCGAGAACGCAAAGCAAGCGUUGUCUCCCGACGGAAGUUGUGGAACAUGGCAGUGACAAUCGUCGAUAACUGGAGGCAAAUGAUCGAUGUACACGACAAACUCGAGAUUUAUUCGACCACAAUCCAUUCAGCGAGAUCUAUCCAGCUGCAAGAGGUAUGGAGUGCGUUGGUCCAAAACACGUAUUGUCAAGCAAAAUCAACUUCACUCCGAAGAACUUCGAUGGACGUCAAGGCUCACGUAACAACAUCUUUGGGCAAUUGGAACAAAAAUGAAACAGACAAAGGUUGGGCUCGUGUGUCUUCGACAUAG